ACUCAAGCUAAAUCAAGCUAAUAAUACAUACUCAAUUCUCGAAUUCUCGUUCUUAAUUUUGUUCUUACGAUCCGUUCUCUGAAUCGGAUCAUUUGGUGGAUUUAUUGUCCAUCAAAUUGGUGCUCUCGUUGAGAAUUCGAGAAUUAUACUCAAAGGAAACCCUCCACGGAGACGAUGAGGGUCGGGAUCACGGCUGAGCAGUUCAAGGAGGUGCUGGCGGCACUGGCGCCCGAUCGCGAGAUUGUGGUGGAAGACGUGGUUGGAGGACCCAGAGGCGGAAAGGCUGGACCCGUGGGCUCUCAAGGAAAAAAGAAGAAAGUGAGGCGGUCCCAGAAGAAGAAGGCGGUCAAGCCUAAUGGGAAGACCGUGAUGGAAGACGCGCUGUCUAGAUUGGACGAGGAAGACGAGUCGUCCUCUUUCGAGCGGAUGUCUGCUUUUGAUCGCUUGGGAGAUCCCAAAUCAAAGAAGCCCCGGACCUCCGCGUUCGAACGGUUGCAGGACACCCGGUCGGCCCGUAAAGGCGACCUGAGGGAUACGCUCAAGGAAAAGAGAGGAGAAUCCACAGCGACCUCCAAGAUCGGUUCUGAGGAGCGACGAAAGGCGGUCGAGGAUAAGGAAGCAGCCGAGCUAUGGAGAAUGUAUGAGCGACUGGAGAAGCGGCUGGACGCCCAAAACCCCUACCGCCACGCGGUCUUCAGUGAGGUAACACCCUUCUCCAGAAGGAUAAUGUCUUGCCCCCUCCCGGACAGUUUCAAGACCCCACAAAUCAAAUCGUACAACGGGACGACCGAUCCCCAGGACCACCUUGCUCGCUUCGGGGCGAACGUGGUCAUGAAGCACGACGGCCCUCCCAAGUGCUACGGCUGUGGCGAGAUUGGCCACAUCAAGCCAAGGUGCCCAAAAGCCAAACACGGGAAGGACAAGCCUUGCUUCAAGAAGCAAAGGGCCUACAUCUCUUGGGGUGGCGAUUCCGGCGACGAAUCAACCGACCAAGAGGAGGACGAAGCUGCAAAUCUCUGCCUCAUGGCGCACGAAGAUCAAAGCGACGACGUCCAAGAGGCUGCCACCUCUGGGAAAUCAAAGUCCAAAUCCCGGGCGCCUACGUCAUCCUCCGAGGAGCGCCUCUACUAUGGCGACGGGACAUACCUUUGGUUUGAUUCCGAGGAGGAGCGCACCCGUUUCCUCACCUUCUUCUCUAAACGGGUUGUGGCUCCCCCACGGAUCAUCCCGGAGCACUACCCAGAGCUGCAGGGCUACGACGACCUUGACGCACAGCUUCAUCAAGCCGGCCUUUGGCCGUUCGUCUCCCGGGCGCGAAAGGAGAUCAACCCGGCGCUGAUCCGGGCCUUCUACUCCAACCUCUGGCGUGAGGACGACGUGCUCUACUUGCUCGUCAAGAGCACGCCGAUCGAGCUUACCGUGGAGCAGCUUGGGCGCAUCGCCAGCCUCCCCUUCCAAGGCGACGAUGUGUCUCACUAUGGUGGAGAGCAUUGGGUGCUCAACAACGAGGGCCUUAUCCUCAACGAGCUUGACAUCACCGAGCUCAAACGCCAUGCCUCUGGCCGCCCAACCAUCCACUUCGCCAACCCCGAAGGCCGUCUCCUUCUCUACAUCGUCUCCCGGAUCAUCAAACCCAGGAAGCACGGCCACACCAUCAUGCACGGUGAAGACCUCAAGCUCAUCCAUGCGAUCAUGCAUUCGGCCCCAAUCAAUUGGGCAAAGUUUGUCAUGAUCAACAUGACGAUUGCCGCGUCCACCGAGCACGACCAUCUCCUCCCGUACCCGUUUUUGGUGAUGGACAUCCUUGAACGGUUCAAGGUAACCACCACCGUUGGCCCGCUCACGAAGGCCACGAAGAUUUGGACAAACAGCAACCAAACCUUCAUCAAGCGGUCGGACAACGCCGCGACUGCCACUGCCGCGCCACGCCGCACUGCCACUACCGCUGGCCCAGCCGAACCCCUGGCCCAAGCCAACCUCGGCUCCAUCGCCGACUCCCUCAACCGGCUCCACCUCAAGGUUGACGGGAUGGGGAGCUACCUUGAACGGCUCGACGUGGCGGUUCAACGCCAAGGGUACCCCAUGAACGCGUACUUCCAAGGCAUCAACUACGUCCCCCCACCGUACCACGGCACGUUCCUUGGGCAAGUGUACGGUGACGAGGACGAAGCCGAUGACUCCUACGCCCCGUCAAGCUCCCCGGAUGAAGAAGAGUUCGACGAUGCCAUCGAUGGGGAUGAGAUGGACGUCGACGACGACGAGGAGGAAACGGAAGACGAAGACUAGGACUCCCCUAGAAUUCCUAUCUCUUUUACUCUCUUGUUUUUUUUCUUAUGCUUCCGUUGUACUCCGCUAUUUCCCUUUAUUAAAUAAAAUCAUCUUGUUUAUCUUUUUGUUAAUGUCAAAAGGGGGAAGAAAAGGGCUAUGCAUAU